CGCUCUGUUUGUAGCUCUGCUUCCCCACCCUCUUCCCCUCUCUCUCUCCCUUUCUCUCCCUCCCUCUCUCUUACAUUAGAGCUUCCCAUCUUUCGCUUGCAUCGCACUCGCUUUGACAGUGUUAAAUGAAGGCGCUCAUCAUGGCAGUUUUGGCGCACCUGUACCCAGCAGUGUUUUUCGCUUGCGCGUGGAUGUCACUGUUCGGACCGAUUUCAUGUCACACCGGCGUUAUAAACCAGAGAAACGUACGGGACCGAGAGCUUGACAGCCGCGGUGGGCAUGUCAUUGGUAGAGAUGAAACGCUUAUCUCAGCGCACAGCCGCGGAGAUUACAGCGGGGACCCGGGCGGACCAGCCAUGGGAUUUCCCCGGGUCCGGAGGGCAUCGACUCCGGAGAAAGUGUCUCUACUCAGCAGCUCUUUCGUCCUUAAAGGGGAUGCCACCCACAACCAGGCAAUGGUCCACUGGACGGGUGAAAAUAGCAGCGUCAUCCUCAUUCUCACUAAAUAUUACCAUGCAGACUCCAACAAAGUUCUUGAGAGUUCCCUUUGGAGAUCCGGUGAUUAUGGGUCAACCUACACCAAGCUCAACCUGAUGCCUGGGACAACCAUCAUAGUCACAAACUUCUGCAUCUGUCCCACCAAUAAGAAAAAGGUGAUCUUGGUGAGCUCCAGCAUCAAUGAACAUGACCAGAUGCUCUUCAUCAGCACAGAUGAGGGUUCAUCCUUCCAACGGCAGCCUGUCUCCUUCACCGUGGAUACACUCCUUUUCCAUCCAUCUGAGGAAGACAAACUUUUGGCUUACAGCAAGGAGGCGAAGCUGUAUAUCUCCACCGAUCUGGGUCACAAAUGGACUCUGCUACAGGAGCGUGUUACUAAAGACAGAGUUUUCUGGGCCGUGACGGGGGUGGACGUGGAUCCUGAUUUGGUUCAUAUGGAGAUUCAAGACAUCGGUGGUGGUUACCUUUAUGUAACAUGUCUCAUACAAAAUUGCUCUGAUAAAAUGGUGACAGCACAGUUCUUGGGAAAGAUUGACCACAAUUCCCUCUCAGUGCAAGAUGAAUACAUAUUUGUGAAGGUAACUACAGGAAAUCGAACCAAGUAUUACGUCUCAUUCCGAAGGAAUGAAUUUGUUCAGAUGAGGUUCCCUAAAUAUGCCCUUCCAAAGGAUGUGCAAAUUGUGAGUACAGACGAGAAUCAGGUAUUCCUGGCUCUGCAGGAAUGGUAUCAGACAGACACGUACAACCUCUACCAGUCAGAUCCACAAGGAGUCUAUUACUCCAUUGUGUUGGAGAACGUCCGUAGCACCAAGCAGCCUGAAGAGAAUGUCCUCAUCGACAUCCUAGAGGUUCGUGGCAUCAAGGGCGUAUUCUUAGCCAAUCAAAAAGUAGAUGGAAAAGUGAUGACUCUCAUCACCUACAACAAAGGCAGAGACUGGGAACCACUGGCUCCUCCCACAACUGAUAUGAAUGGCAAACCUGUCAGCUGCAAGCAGCCUGACUGUCACCUCCAUCUCCACUUGCGAUGGGCUGACAACCCGUACGUAUCUGGAACGGUCCACACUAAAGAUUCUGCCCCAGGCCUCAUAAUGGGUGCAGGUAACCUUGGCUCUCAGCUGGUUGAAUAUAAAGAGGAGAUGUACAUCACCUCAGACUGUGGCAAGACCUGGAGACAGGUUUUUGAAGAAGAGCAUCACAUUCUUUAUCUGGAUCAUGGCGGUGUCAUUGUGGCCAUUAAGGACACCUCAAUCCCUUUAAAAAUACUCAAAUUCAGCAUAGAUGAAGGACUAUCAUGGAGCAUCCACAACUUCACCAGCACUUCUGUGUUUGUGGAUGGACUUCUGAGCGAACCUGGAGAUGAGACACUGGUUAUGACGGUAUUUGGCCACAUAAGUUACCGUUCGGAUUGGGAGCUGGUGAAGGUGGAUUUCCGACAGUCAUUUCCCAGACAGUGCACAGAAGCUGAUUAUGACUCCUGGAAACUCACUGACCUACAGGGAGAGAAAUGCAUCAUGGGCCAGGAACGAAUGUACAGGAGGAGGAAAGAGUCAUCGUUCUGCAUUAAAGGGAAGAGCUAUACAUCAGCUUUAACAGCUAAACCUUGCCAGUGCACAGAGAAAGACUUUGCCUGUGACUACGGCUUUGAGCGUGCUCCCAGCCUCAGGUUAGAGGGGGAUCGCUGUUAUCCUGAUUUCUGGCAUGAUCCUGACGCUCCACCUGAAAACUGCCAUUUAGGACACAGCUACAAGUCCAGCACAGGUUACCGGAAGGUCAUCGCUAAUGUUUGUGAGGGUGGCUUGAAUAAAGAACAGAGCGCAAAGCAGCAUUCUUGCCCUUUGCUGGCCCCUAAAGGCCUUCAGCUGGGCAUCAAAGGACAGAUGCUGGCUGUGGCACCUGGUGAUGAAAUCACCUUUAUAGUCCAUCAGGAACAGGGUGACACCACCAGAACCAGAUAUCAGGUGGAUUUAAUGGACGGCGUCAGGGCUAUAUAUGAAAACCUAACUGUCACAGAUGAACCCAUUCAGCACCGUUACGAGAAGCCAGGUGUUUACCGUGUCAAUGUGAAGGCUGAAAACUCUGCUGGACAUGACCAAGCCACACUUUACAUCCAGGUCACAGCUCCUCUUCAAGAUGUCCAUCUGGAGGUGGUCCCAAUCGCUGGCAGAAAUCAAGAAGUAAAUCUCACAGCUAUAGUGCUGCCCACUGAGGCAAACCUUACAGUGUUUUACUGGUGGAUUGGAGAUAACCUUCAGCCAAAGCUGACCCUGGAGAACAGUCUGAUUGCAAGGUUCUCUGAGGAGGGGGAAGUUCCUGUGACGGUUCAGGCUUCUAAUGGUCGAUCCAUGGUACAGGACAGCAAGACUGUCAUUGUCUAUGAUCAAUUCCAGAUCAUCCCAUUGAGUUUCAGUCGUAAUUUGGAUCGCUUUAACCCAAACAUCCCUGAAUGGAGACAAGAUGUGGGACAAGUCGUAACCAAGAUUCUCGCUAAGCUCACAGGGGUUCCUCAGGACUCUUUGGUUACCAUGGUGAAGCCCGGUCUUCCCACCACUGCAGACCUGUAUGUUCUUCCUCAAGAGAGCACACCGGUGAAGAGGAGUGUGUUUGUGGAUAAGCGUGUUCCCACCAUAAAGCAGGUUCUGAGUGAGAACAACGUGAGCUUCAUUGUGAGAGGAGGGUUAAGAGUAUUGGUGACUCUGGCAGACUCGGAUAGAGGUUCUGGUUUGGCUGCAGCAGGUCCAGGUGUUUGGGCUCUAGCUGUCUUUCUCCUCAUCAGUCUGAUCUCUGCUGCAGCAUUCAUACUCUUCAAAUUUAAAAGGAAAAACUACAAAAACCAUGGUUCCUUGCUGAGGCCAGAGGAGAGCAGCCUAACGCGUCCCUGGCUGCGUUUCAGAAAACUGCCAGGACGAAACGUCUAUGCCCAGAUGUACAAUGAGAAGGAGCAGGAAAUGACCAGCCCUGUCAAUCACAGUGAGGACACGCAGAAUAUCAUUCAAGGCGAGGAGUUCAUUGACGACGACCUUGACUCACAGACACUAGGCAACCACUCAGGGGUGGUGUUGAGCAUAAAUUCAAGGGAGCUGCACAGUUACCUGACCAGCUGAUGACCAAUGUGAAGGUGCCAGAGAUGAGCACAAUAGACUAUGCCUUCCUCCUCUCUCCAGAUCUGACCCUUCAGACACCCUUACAGGAGAGAGAUCAGAGACACACCUGCACCAAACCUUCUCCUCCUCUCUCUGUCUUCUGUUCCCCCAAUCCAGGAGGUGGAUUUUGUACCCAUCUGCUGCACCCUGGCUUCACUGAUGAUCACAUACUCUCACGUACAUGUUCUUGUCUGUUGAUCUUUGCACCCUGCAGUCUGUCUCAUCCCUGUCCACCUUCUCUCUCAUUUCUUCUCAUUAUUGCUCUUAUCACAGGAGCAUCAAAUCAGCCCCACUUACUAAUUCCCAGGGAGAAACUCAUUGACAAAUGCUUUAUUUUCCAUCUUGUGUUUGUUUUGUGCCUCUCCUGUGUUUUGUCUUUCAGUCUGAAUAGUGU